AUGAAAGAAGGAGCAGAGAGCAACAACAAGAACUUGUUGCUAGAAAUGUGCAUAGAUGAAAAUACUUUUGAACUGGCUCUCAAAUUCGUGAAAGAAACCAAAACAACUCUAAGGCUUGAAAUUUGUUCAGAGCUCGGAGCAGAGGGAUUUACACCUCACGAUGAAACUGUUCUCUUGUGCUUAUCAGAGCCACUGUUCGAGCACACCAAUUUAAAUAUAAUGAUUAGACCAAAAUUACAAGCUUCUCAUGAUUUGGGAACUUGUGGAAUGAUCGAUUCAUUUUGUUAUGAUGAUCAAGCAUUGGAAAUAAUGAAGAUGCAAAUAAGAAGCAUGAAAAAGUUACUAGCGCAAGAAAAAGACAAAGUGAAGAAUAGAGAAAUUGGGUUUGUUUUGGGAUGCAUUGAGAGAACGCAGAGUGGUACAAUUGCAAUUAAUACUUUUGCUUUACAGGAAAUAAUUGAUGUCAUACAAGAGCCAUGUGAAUUGUGCCACCGAUUUUCAGUUACGUUUCACAAAGCUUUUGAUUUGUUGAGCAAUCCGAUAGAAUCUGUUCAAUUACUAGCUGCACUAGGAGUCGAUCGAAUUCUAACGAGUUUGAAUUUUGGCUGUGAAGAUUUGAAAGGAAAAGCCAUGAAUUCGAUUCAACAGUUUAACAACAAAAAUACAGAAAUCUUGAAGCAUUUUCUGCAAGCAGUUGGUAAUAUGCAAGAUGCUUCAAAAGUGAUCCUUUUAAUUGGAGGUGAUGUGAGAGAGAAUAAUCACUUGGAACUUGUUAAAUUUUUCGAGAAAUAUCCUCAAAUUCGAUUUGAAUUGCACUCCUCGACUCCAUUCAAAAUCAAAUAA